UCUGCCUGCGCGCCACCCGCACUUGCACCCGUUUGCAAGCAAGUUGCCUACCUGUCAUUCUUGAUUCUUCUCAUAAGCCGUUCGUGAGUCGGGAAAAAUUGAUUUUCCUAAAGCCGAUACCUUCUUUAUCUUUUCAUUGUUUUUUGCUUUUUGUUCGACAAACAGUAAAUCAGGCAACAAUGUCUGUGUCAACAAAGAGUGGUGACAAGGAACAGGACGAGAAAAUCUUAAUGCCGUACACAUACAUAUCCCAAGUGCCCGGGAAACAGAUCCGGACGAAGUUGAUAUCCGCAUUCAACUACUGGCUCAAGAUCUCCGAUGAUAAAAUACGCUCUGUUGGGGAGAUUGUGCAGAUGCUCCACAACUCCAGCUUACUCAUCGACGACAUCCAAGACAACUCGAUCCUGCGGCGCGGCAUCCCCGUGGCGCACUCCAUCUACGGAGUCGCCAGCACCAUCAACGCUGCCAACUACGUCAUGAUCGUCGCGCUCGAGAAGACCUUGGAGCUGGGGCAUCCAUUGGCGACGACGGUGUACACGGAGCAGCUGCUGGAACUCCACCGCGGACAGGGCAUGGAGAUCUACUGGCGAGACAACUUCCGCUGCCCCUCCGAGGACGAAUACAAGCAGAUGACCAUCAAGAAAACUGGUGGGUUAUUUAUGCUGGCGAUCCGCCUGAUGCAGCUGUUCAGCGACAACAAGUCAGACUUCAGCAAGCUGUCGGCCAUCCUCGGGCUCUACUUCCAGAUUCGCGACGACUACUGCAACCUUUGUCUACAAGAGUACUCGGAGAACAAGAGCUACUGCGAGGACCUGACGGAGGGCAAGUUCUCGUUCCCCAUAAUCCACGCGAUACGCAACCAGGACGGCGACAACCAAGUACUACACAUCCUGCGGCAACGUACGCGCGACGUGGAGGUGAAGCGGUACUGCAUCUCCUUGCUGGAGCGGCUCGGGAGCUUCCGCUACACGCGGGACACGCUGCACAGCCUCGACCAGGAGGCGAGGGCAGAGGUGGCCAGGUUAGGCGGCAAUCCACACUUCGCGGCACUUCUAGAUGAGCUGCUUAGUUGGCGACGGAACAAAAACCCCAGAGACCUGGAUCCUAACUCUGUAUAGGCAACACUUACCAAGUCUCGACAACUCUCGACAAGUCUUGACAAGUCUCGACAAGUCUUGACAAGUCUCGACAAGUCUUGACAAGUCUCGACAAGUCUUGACAAGUCUCACCAAGUCUCGAAAGUCAGGCGAAUCUGACGUCGGCAUAAUAUGAAGGUACCUUGUAGCAGUUUAGAAAUGGUGCUGAUUCCAGCACACAUCAUCUAAUUUUAUUUUAAGUUAUACCUGUCAUUUUCUUAUCCGCCGAAAAGGAAAGGGACAGAUAAUCGAAAAGCGUACUGUUUAUGGAACACACGUAACUUGUUUCAACAUUUUAUGAUAAUGCGAGAGAAUUAAGUUAACAGCACACGUCAAAUGGGUUGCCUAUUUGAUUCACUCGCGUUAUUCACUCAUUCAUUUUGAAAUUGACACCUGUCAAAUUGUCAUCCGUCUCUUUCAAAGGAAAGAAAAGUCGGCGGAUAAGAAAUGACAGGCUUAACUUAAAAUUAGAAGGUAUCUGCAGGAAUCAGGGGCAAUUUUAUUUUAUCUAUUUAAUUAUAUCACAAUUUUAAAAAUAACGGGCCUAUUUUUUUUCUAGGUUUCGUACAAGUAGAAUCUAUAUCUUUUCUAUGAAUUCCAAGGUUUGGUUUUUUUUUUUGAUGAAAUUGUUAGAUUAAUGGUGCUGCUUUUGGUAGACAAAACUUAAUAUUAUUUUAGUCUGACAGCUCUGAAAGUAUUCUUCACUUACGACGAGUGUAAGACGGAGAUAGUGCAAGUUUUAGGACUGCCAUAUUAAAUUAAAAUUAAGUAAGUGUCUACAGGAAUCAACACCAUAUGGUUGAAAUUGUAUGAGGAGUUUUUAUCAUCAUAUUUGCAGACCUUCGUAUAAUUUCAACAAAUUUCAAUAGGAUAGUUGACUGGUAUUUUUUCUUCUUUUUAUAAAAUCUAGUCGUGUUGCUGAAGAUAAAUCUGAAAUCCGUUUUUCAAUAUAUCAUCUAACGCCGGAGAUAUUAAUGAAGCCGGAACUUGGGAGUUAAAAUGGCGACAUUGAAGCAAUUCAUAUAAGAAAGCAAUAUUGCAAUUUGACAAAUACGCAUAUAAAGGGCGCAAUGCAAACAAAAAAAACAAAAAUGUCAAAUAGCAAUAUUGCUAUUUUUGUUGUUUUUCGAAGUACAGUUGCUUCGAUAUUAAUAGUUAGUCACCCGUGGGAUGUUCCGUCCCGUUCUAACAAAACGGUAUUUUAAUGCAGGUCGUAUGACACUGGUAACAUGUGAAGUCACAAGCUCCUGUUGCCAUUUAUUUCCUUCCCUUAUUUUGGACGGCUGCAACUAAUUCAUUUUGCAACGAAUUUCGAUUCUGUUUUCACAGUUGGCUAUCAAUUUAUGUUUAUUUUGAAAGUUUAGUUAUAAAUGUAUAGUUUUUGAUACUUGUCAACUACCCUAGUAUAGUGCAUGAAAAGUUUAUAUAUUUCGCAGCUAUUCCAAUGAAACAAGGUUCUAAUAAGUUGGCUCGGGUCUGUUUUAUAAAGCUAUCAAUCACAGUAACUUAACACAGCAUCACGCUUAUAUCCCUGAAAGGGUAGGCAGUAAGGUAGGCGCCAGCUAUGUUCGUGUCUCGUGUAACAGGGGGCGAACCUACUGCCAUUAACCGGGCGCAAUUCCUGAAAACCACGUGAUAUCAAUAGACUAUCCAAUCAUGUAUUCAAACUCAUAACGACGGAUUCAGUGGUUUACAGCCCUGUCGGGAUUUGAACCCAUGACACUGGGAUGUAAGUCACACGUUUUCCGAACAGGGCUAGCACAAUAACAAUUGGAUACACCAAAAUGUUCGGUACGUGUGCACCGAUCUUGUGUUUAUUUUUCUGUGGCACUAUUGUAGGUCCACUAAUGCACUACUAUAAUUAAUAUUCAUUAAAAUUGAGGAGCACACAGUUAGUAUAGUUCGUAGCAUAAACAGCAAAAAAAAAUUGCUAUAGUAAAAUAUUACUAAAAUAUUUUGUAGGGUUGCCUACAAUACGCCUUAGUUACGUCACGGGCCCGAUUGUUCGUUACGAGUGACAUUUGUAGAAGCAAAUUAUGACCAAUAGCUUUAUAAAACGACCUCAGCGGCUCAAAGGUACCUUAGUCCAAAGGUACAUUAAUUAAUUAGUUAUAUUUUAGUAGGAAUCUAGGGAUAUGUUAAGAUAAAAUAAUCAGUGAGAUACGUCUAAUUUAUUUUACUUAAAUAUUGGUUGUACUUAUCUCUGCAGUAGGAUAAUUUAUGUAACGGAAAAAAUAUAAGAAAUGCAGUUACGAAUAAAUAAUGUACAAGUUUAGUGUCCGGCGAAUGGUGCCGGUUUAGGCAACCACCAACUUAAUUUGUCAGGAUUCAAACUAUCCCUUUCUUGAACUUAUUGUAAAUUAACGACAGCGCUAGUUUAGAAGCUGUCAAACUAAAAUAAGGUCUGUAUCCGCACGAAUAGGCACCAUUGUCUAGAUUAUCUUAUUAGUUAUUAGGUUGUUUUGUAAUCAAAUUUGAAUUUAUGGUAGACAAUUUUCCUUAAUGAAAAUGUUUCGUACCUAUAUUCUCAAUGAGUAUUAGCCGAUAAUUUGGAGUUUAUUUUACAAACAGUUAUACUGUUCAUAAACAUUCAUAUUUUCUGUUACUAUUCUAAAAUCUAAAAUACCUUAUGCAGACUUACUUGUUUUGACAGUUCUUGAACUAGUGUCGUCCUUCACUUAAAAUACGUGCAAGAGAGAGAUAGGGCUUCUUUUAGUCCUGUCAAAUUAACAUUUAAGUUCCGAAUCGAAACUUUUGGUAUACAAAUUCAGUUAAAAAAAAUGUUUAAUUGAUAAACACUGCCCUGUAAUAUAUUUAGUACUUGGUUUUUGCUGAUGUUAGCGGCAAGGACUUCCUAGUCAGUUUAAUGUAAAAGGCCUUCUACGUUGUUAAAAGUCAUUUGUAAUUUGUUUUUAACCAGUUUUAAGCGUAAUUUAAGAUGUUAACAAUGUUUUGCUAAAGCAGUAUACAAUAUUGAUAUAGCAACAUUACGACUGAUGCCUGUAUAAAUUUAUUUUUAUCAUAAAAUGGUGCUGAUUAUCAUCAUCUAAUUUUAUUUUAAGCUAUACCUGUCAUUUUCUUAUCCGCAGAAAAGGAAAGGGACGGCUAAUCGAGAGACUAAACAUUUAUGAAACACACGUCAAUUUUAGGCAGACUUAAAAAACUUUCCUAAAAUUUUAUAUUUUCCAAUAUAUUACCGACAGAAUUGACAGCACACGUCAAACGGAUUGCAUAUCAACAAGAUGCCUAUUUUAUUCACCCAGGUUAUUCAUUCAUUCAUUCACUCGUUCAUUUUAAAAUUAACAUUUGUCAAUCCGUCCCUUUCCCUUUCGGUGGAUAAGAAAAUGACGGGUAUAUCUUAUAACAAAAUUAAGGGGUGUCUGCAGUAAUCGAGGCCAUUCUUUAUUCAGUUACAUAAAAUGCAGAAUAUUUCGGAGUAUGGUGCAAUUUGUUAUACGAUGUUGCCAUGAAUACAUUUGAAAUCAUUGGCAUGUUUGUAAAGUAUAAUUAUUUCUAUUUAUAAACGCUUCUUAUAAUUUGAGUUGAUCUCGGCAAUAUUUUAGAGUGUAACGAAUAUUAUUUUUCGUGUUAGCUUUUUAUGUAUUUUUAUUGUUUGCUUAAAUAAUGAAUGAAAUAUUUUUGGUAUUAGAGAUAUAAAAUGUUGUUCUUAGUACGCUAAAAAAACGAAAAUCGUUUAAUAAAAAAGUUUGGUGCCAUUUAUGUUUCUUUAUUUACACCAUAUUAUUUUUUAUUUAUGUUUUAAUUUCUAGUGGAAUGAACUUUGUUUUUUAUUGUUCUCUAUUUGAAUAACAAUCACUGCCCUAAGAUAUGGGCUGUGCCCGCUCUAUCAGCGUUUACAUAUAAAAAGUAAUCUUUGAUGAUCCCGAUGUCGAAAAUCGGUGAAACUUAGCGCUUAAACACUUGUUGUCUCUUUCCCACACGCG